UAUAUUGCAUAUAGCAGUAUAUUCAUGCCAACAGUUUUUGGCAUUAUCUGCUUGCUGGGCAUAAUAGGGAACGUGAUAGUCAUCUUCACCGUGUUCAGUAAGUCAAAGUUCAGGUGCAGAAGCAGCGUCCCCGAUAUAUUCAUUGUUAAUUUAUCGGUUGUGGACCUGCUUUUCCUGCUAGGGAUGCCGUUCCUCAUUCACCAGCUGCUGGGUAACGGAGUUUGGCACUUUGGAGAGACUGUUUGCACGAUCAUUACAGCCCUAGACACCAACAGUCAGUUUACCAGCACCUACAUCCUGACUGCCAUGACACUUGACAGGUACCUAGCGACUGUCUACCCCCUCACCUCUGUGCGGUUCAGAAGACCCGCUGUUGCCGUUCUAAUAAUUUGCAUCCUCUGGGUCAUUUCGUUCCUUAGCAUCACUCCCGUUUGGAUGUACGCCCGGCUGAUUCCUUUGCCCGGUGGAGUGUUAGGUUGCGGGAUUCGCUUGCCGAACCCGGAGACAGAUAUCUACUGGUACACGCUAUAUCAGUUUUUCAUCGCCUUUGCCAUACCUUUUACGCUUAUAUCAGUGGCUUACUGGAGGAUUUUGCUCAGAAUGACCUCCUCGGAGGCUCUAACCACGCAGAGGAGUGCCAGGAUAAAGACUAAAAAGGUGACCAGGAUAGCAAUCACUAUCUGCUUAGUUUUCUUCUGUUGUUGGGCUCCCUUCUAUGUGUUGCAGUUGAUUCAGCUGGCAGUAGUUAAGCCGACACUGUCAUUCUAUUACGCAUACAGGGUUGCUAUCAGCCUGGGCUACGCGAACAGUUGCCUGAACCCGUUUAUCUACAUUGUGCUGUGUGCAAGCUUUAGGAGAAGAUUUAUAGUCUCGGUCAGACCCGCUGAAGACAUACAAAGCCCCGCCAGGAGCCGACGAAAUCGCAGGAAAAUGGAUCAUCAUUCUGAGCAACAGCAGUUACAGUUGGUUUCGAUUCCCGGAAGAUAGACUUUCUGAUUGCAGUGGUCAUCUCUCGAAGAUUUCAGCUCGUUUUGUUUUCAAGAAAGAACAUCAGCACUUCUGUGUUUGAAUGUGAUCGGGUCAAGAGGGGUAUUAAAAUGUACAGAUGUGUUGUGGUUAGUUCCUACGAGUAGUAGUCAAGUUUUUUUUUUUAUCUGCCUGUGUUUAUUUAUUUUAAAUUUAGAAAAUAUGUGGUUAGGAAUAGCGAAC